CUAACCCGUUUGAAGUCGAACAAAGUUUUGGUAUGUGUGAAAAGUUGGUGUUGCUCGCAGUGAAUCGAAUGUUUGUGACUGGGAAGCGGAGCUGGAAUGAUUUUGUGGUUGUUUGCUAUUUGUACAGGAGUGUCGGGGAUUCAGUGGGAUGCACCCACCCCCUAUGACCCCGUGUGGCUGGCAAGCGUGCAGCUUUACCCAGCUAUCCCACCCCUCAACGAAACCCGGUUUUGGUGGGGCUGGGUCUAUGAACAGGAUGUCCAGUUCAGACUUUUUACUAGGAGCAAUCCGUUUGAAUAUCAAAUUAUUAAAAUCAAUGACACGAAGUCUCUUUACGACUCGCACUUCGACUUCAACAAGAAGGUGAAGGUGCUCACCCAUGGGUGGCUCAACCAUGGAGACAGUCCCAUGCCUGAAUCCAUCAAAGAAGCGUACCUCAACGUGAGCGACUUAAACAUAAUAGUGGUAGACUGGGGCAACGCAGCCAACGUCAACUACAUACUGGCCAGCUACAACGUUGCCAUGGUGGGUCGUCUGCUGACCCAGUUCCUGAACUUCCUCAUAGAUGAGGGGUUCUCUAUGAACGAUAUGCACCUCAUAGGGCACAGCCUGGGAGCACACGUCGUGGGCAUAGCAGGCGCGUAUGUGAGGGAAGGACCAAUCGAUACUAUAACAGGUUUAGACCCAGCCUUGCCACUGUUCACACUCGGCAACAAAGACGCGCGUCUCGACAAGCAUGACGCUCGCCAUGUCGAGGUGAUACACACGUGUGGUGGCUAUCUCGGCUUCGCCUCUCCUCUGGGUCACAUAGACUUCUACCCCAAUGGAGGCACACGUCAGCCAGGCUGCACAUUUGAUUAUAGAGGUCUUUGCGCCCACAAUCGCGCGCACAUGUUCUUCUCAGAGUCCAUAAUAUCCAGCGUGCCCUUCACGGCCGUCCGAUGCAAAGACUAUGAUGAGUUGUACUACACGGGCUCCUGCAAAGGAACGGGGGAAACCCUGAUUAUGGGCGGCUUUGAUAUACAUUACGGGAAAGAUGGAAUUUAUUACCUCAAGACGAACGCAGAGAAACCCUACGCCCUUGGGGACCCGGCCUGAAUUACAAUAAAAUAUUAAUUUCUCGCUUUGCCAACUUCGCCUAUAAAUUAAAAAUUACAAAGAAAUUACGUUACGACGCACUUAUUAAUCUUUCUUUGAAAAAUUUGAACUUAUGAAACUAAACUGCCACUGUAUUUUUAAAUAACGAUUUUGUAAGAAAAUUGUGGAAAUAAAUGCUUGUAAUGUUUUGAAAAGAUAAAUGCUAAGAAAUAUUAACAUUGUAGACAUUUUUACAUGUAAGGAUAAAAAUAAUGUAAUUUAUUUAUGAAUAUUUAUUACAAUCUGACCAUGUUUUGUUUA